UCCCUGCUCCCCAAGAGUGUGACUUUCUAUGACCAACUGGGGAUAUUUAAUGCUAAUGUUUAUUGUUAAAAGAUAAAUACAUGCUCAAACAUAUACAUAUACAGAAAUGAAAAUUACUUCAGAAUUAGUGUUAAUUUUACAACAAAAAUCCCUUAACCCUGGUUGAUUUACAAAUUUAUUUCUAAAAUAGAAGCAUUUGUGGACUUAAAAGUGAGGUAUCAAAUUUUUAAAUGUAUUAAUUCCUCAACCUUGUGUGGACCACUUCAGUUCCAGAUGUCUAUGUAGUUCCCUCUGGGACCUCUACACUAGAAAACAGACAGAAAUAAUGCAAAGUUGUUUGGUUUUGACAACCUGAUACUGAGAAGUGCAUGUCCCUGUAGGCACUCUAGAGAUAAGACAGAUAAUUAGUAAUUCCAAAUGGAUCUAUGAGAUUUAAGAUGUGGAGGAUCAUCAUUAUCUUUCACUGGUUUUUCUGGAUGCCAUAAUCCUCUGAUUUCUGUAACCAAUUUUUGUGCUUCUUUCCCACUGGGAUGGAAAUCAAACACAACUAGAGUGUCUACUCUAGGAGAAAUUGAGGGAUAUGGAGUAAAGGCAAUAGGCUCCCCCUACAAAAGUUUGUUUCUCAUUUCUUUUUCAGGGAAAGGCUCUCUCUUGUUCAGGCAGGUUUCAAGGGUUGGAAAUUCAUAUUUAAUGAUAUGAAAACAUGGUUACCUUAUUGUGAAUGUGCAGGACUAAGGCAAGAAGGACUAAAUAAGAAGAUUUUGUGUCCCCUGUCCCAAAUGAUUGCAGUAGGUAGUACUGAUGGAAGAACAUUGGGGUGUUAGAGUUGCCCUGGCUGUGUCAGGCCAAUGUCUUUCCUGUCAUACUGUACAGAGAAAAUGGCACUGGAAAAAUGGAGUGAUGUCAAACUCCCUUUUCAUGCUUUACUGUUACCAAAAACUCUGUCUCACUCCCCACCCAUUCCCUCCAACUCCUUUCCCGAUUCUGUCCCUCCUUAGAGAUGUUUGCACUGCCCGUGCUAAGUGGGGGGAUCAGUCCGUUGGAUCGCUUUGCGCAAAAUCCACCCUUCUCUCUCCUCCCUCCCCUCCAGCCUCUGGAUCCUGCACAGCCCUCCCUCCCCUCAGCGGUUUGGGGUUGGGGAUGUUUCUCUCUGAACUACUAAGGUUGGAGGGGGCUGCAAGCAGUGGAUAAUGUCAGAUGCUCAGCUAUCCCCUUCUGCUCCUCUCUGGCUCCGCCAGGGAUGGUCUCUGUAAGAAACAGCAGGAGCUGUGGCAGCAGCUAAAGGAAGCGGCUGAAGCGCGUGGAACCAGAACAGUCCGGGCGCUCGCGGUUACCUCACAUCGUGGUCACAGCCGGCCGUCAGCACCAUGGACAGCAGCACUGUCCCCGCAAACGCCAGCAAUUGCAAUGAUCCCUUUACGCAGUCUUCAAGUUGCUCCCCAGCACCCAGCCCCGGUUCCUGGGUCAACUUCUCCCACGCAGAUGGCAACCUCUCCGACCCAUGCGGUCCGAACCGUACCGAACUGGGCGGGAGCGACAGCCUGUGCCCUCCGACCGGCAGUCCUUCUAUGAUCACAGCCAUCACAAUCAUGGCCAUCUACUCCAUCGUAUGCGUGGUGGGUCUCUUUGGAAACUUCCUGGUCAUGUAUGUGAUUGUCAGAUACACCAAAAUGAAGACUGCCACCAACAUCUAUAUUUUCAAUCUUGCUCUGGCAGAUGCCUUAGCAACCAGCACCCUGCCAUUCCAGAGUGUUAAUUACCUAAUGGGAACAUGGCCAUUUGGAACCAUCCUCUGCAAGAUCGUGAUCUCCAUAGAUUACUAUAAUAUGUUCACCAGCAUAUUCACCCUCUGUACUAUGAGUGUUGAUCGCUACAUUGCAGUCUGCCAUCCCGUCAAGGCCCUGGAUUUCCGUACUCCCCGCAAUGCCAAAAUCGUCAACGUCUGCAACUGGAUCCUCUCUUCAGCCAUUGGUCUGCCUGUAAUGUUCAUGGCAACAACAAAAUACAGGCAUGGUUCCAUAGACUGUACACUAACAUUCUCUCACCCAACAUGGUACUGGGAAAACCUGCUGAAAAUCUGUGUUUUCAUCUUUGCCUUCAUCAUGCCGGUCCUCAUCAUUACGGUGUGUUAUGGACUGAUGAUCUUACGCCUCAAGAGUGUCCGUAUGCUCUCUGGCUCCAAAGAAAAAGACAGAAACCUGAGAAGAAUCACCAGGAUGGUGCUUGUGGUUGUGGCUGUGUUCAUUGUCUGCUGGACUCCCAUUCACAUUUAUGUCAUCAUUAAAGCCUUGAUUACGAUCCCAGAAACUACUUUCCAGACCGUCUCUUGGCACUUCUGCAUUGCUCUAGGUUACACAAAUAGCUGCCUGAACCCAGUCCUUUAUGCAUUUCUGGAUGAAAACUUCAAACGAUGCUUCAGAGAGUUCUGUAUCCCAACUUCCUCCACCAUUGAGCAGCAAAACUCUACUCGAGUUCGUCAGAACACUAGAGACCACCCCUCCACGGCCAAUACAGUGGAUAGGACUAACCAUCAGCUAGAAAAUCUGGAAGCAGAAACUGCUCCGUUGCCCUAAGUGGGUCUCAUGCCAUUCAGAGCCUCACUGAGCUUAAAAGCCACCAUAUAUUUGGAAGAAGAUUGCUGCGAGAAUGUGUGGGAGGUUCUAGUUUCCUAGGAACAUGCUUGCUUCUGAGUCAUCAAAACUCUUUCCUCUCUGGCCACUCCACUCGGCACAUUAGAGGGACAUCCAAACUAAAUCAAGCACUGGGAAGGAGAGGACUAUAUCACACUAACGAGUCCACCUUGCGUACCUAAUCACGAGGAAGAUGCCCAAUGGGACCAAAACGCACUGUGGUAUGUGAAUUGGGGUCACAUGGAAGAUGACCCUUCUGUAUAUAAUAUUUCGUUUUCAAGCAAAUAUUUAUGACCUCAUCAAAGAAAAAUCAUUGAUUGUUAAAUUCACCAUAGUAACACGUAAAGUAAAUGCUACCUCUGAUCAAAGCAUCUUGUGUGGAAAGUCCAAGACUUUCUAGUCUUCUCUAAGGGAAUACUUGCUCUAUUUUUCACCUUUAACGUUAACCUUAAAAUCGUCUUUUGGUCAAGGCAUCAUUUCCACCUUCAUUUCUUGGUUUUGUAUUUUUUAAAAGAAUACCUAGCUCCAAAACUGCAAGGGAAAAGAUAAGAUGAAAGGUAAUCUGAAGCAUGGUAAUAUGUCAGCUUCAGAAAGCUUGGUUCUUGUGCAUUGCAAGUACUUCCUGGGAGUCAUAAUGGGAGAUUUUUCCAUUGUUAGGCUUGCAGUGAUUUGCUCCUCAGUUUUAACUGUUCCAUUCCUUUGCUCCCAUCUAAGUAUUCACAGAAGGUGACAGUGGGUCAGUGAACUCAUCACUUCUACACAGGAAGUCAAGCAUUAAAAUGCACUCUUCAUUUCUCAGUAGUUUCUCCACACUGCAUGCUCCCUUUGCAUAUUAUUUUCCUUUUUCUGACUCUGCUCAGAACACUUAUGCCUUUUGAAUAAGCAUGAUAAAAUGACAGAUGCUUUUGUUGACUUUCAGAACAGUUUAAACUUUUUUAAAAAUAUAGAUGCAAUAAGCUUAAUUUCAAAACAGAAAGACUCAAAUGACCAUAGAUAAAAACGGCUGAUCUACUUUUCAAUCCUCUGUAGUUACUUGGACAUGAAAUAUUAACAAUGACCCCAAAAUAUUUCCCCAGAAUAUUGUGUUUAUGUAAUGUCAUCACCAAUAUGUUGGUCUUUUUGAUCUUUGCUAAAUGUCAAGAUUUCAUUUGUAAAAUGUCAGUCUUCUAAGUAGUUUCUUUAAGACAAUCCUCCUCUUUGACUGGUUUUCUUUGGUAUAAAUAUGGUAGAAAUUUGCCAAUCACUCAUUUUAUUUGAUCUAUGUAGACAGUCAAGUCAAAUGGCACAUGCCAAAAAGCUUUCCUCUUUGAAAUUCUGUCUGCAUUGAUUAAAUGAAUCAUGCAUAUUGUAGUUAUUUAUGAAGACGCAAGUAGAAAACAGGGUAGUAUCUUCUGUUAUAAGAGUAUUCCUGAGUCUGCAAGCUGCCAGAAGACUCAACCUUAAAUUUGUAUCUGUUCUUCAAUUUAACAAGGCACAGUAAGCACUGGACACCCGAAGGCAAUGUUUCAAGAAGACAACCAUUGCAGACCAGAAUGAGCCAAUUUACUGUCUCAGAUCCAAUUGGCUGCAGUCACGUGGACCCAACACAUGUACCCAUUGCGUGAGAGAAAAACAAAAACUAAGAUAAAUGUUUUCAUGUUUCCUUCUGAUUAAGUCUUAUAUUUGCCUCUAAUAACCUCCAUUUCUCAAAUAUUAUGUCCCAGAAUGGAUAUGCAUUAUUUUUAAUAUUUGUUCUGAUCAAAGUAACUAAAACCAGGGCCUGAAAAAGCUUUAAAGUGUUAAAUAGCUGCAUUUGUGUGCAAUACUUUUACAAAUAUAUACCUAUAUACACUACUAGAGCUUCCACAGGUAAAAGGGAUAGUUCAAAUGAAACACAAUAAUGAAGAAUAAAAUACUUGUAUAUCAGUCGCUGGGGAGGAAAAUUCUUGUCUUUAAUAGGUUAGAGUAACAUGAGUUCACUCGAGGGAUGACGGAGUACUGAGCUCUGCUCACAAGGCUGUUUCUCAACCAUUAUUGUUUCUGCCUAAUCACUUACUCUUUGUUAAGACAUUCUAAAGUAAGUAAUAAAUGUGUUCUCAAUAUUUUUCAUUCAAAACUAUUUUUUAUCAUAAAUUUGCUAGAUCUUGCAAUUCUAUGGCAAAUAGAGAAGGAACAGCCCUAACCCCGUUGGAUGGGCUAAAGUUUCUUAGAAAUCUGAAGAUAAAGAAAAUGUAAUGUUCUGCUUUGUUCUUCCUUUUUAUUUCACCCUCAUCCUUAUGGAUGGGGUUUCUUCCUAUCUGGCAUCCCAGUAAUGCAGACUGUAGAUGUGAAGCGGAAAUUUGGCUUCUUCACCUGAUUACUUGCUGUGGAAAUUCUAAUCCCAAGUGGGUAAUGGCCUUUGCUCCUUUAGUCUCCACCUUCACUGUCAUUUUGCUCCUGCAUUCUUCUUUCCCUGCUAGUCCCUAGAAAGCAGAGAAGAGAGAUGAGACUCACCUAAGGCAAAAGCGAGUUACCUGGAAUCUACUGCCAACACCCUCACUGUGGGGUCCUCUGAAGGAGGUUUGAUCACACUUUUUAAAAAAGUCUUUUGCUGUGAUAUUCCAGAUCCACAUUAACAAUUUGAUGAUGUCAAAUAAAAGAGUUUACUGAAGGGGCUGAAUGUUUUGAGCUUUGAGUCACCUACAUCCGUGUUGGAAUACACAUUGUGGCAUUUUUUGGCUUUGUGGUUUGGAGCAACAUAUUUAAGCCCUCUUAGCUUCAGUCUUCUCUUAAGAGCAGGGCAAUAAUAGCAAUCUUAUUGGGUUAUGGUCAGGAUCAGUGAGAUAAUAUAUAAAAAAAUAUUGGCUUACAAUGCAGCAAAUGCUUCCUAUUUGUAGUAAAAAUUAUAAAUGAAAAUUAUCAAUGUCAAUAAAAACAAGAGAAACUUGGUGAAUUCAAUGGAAACCACCACUGAUGAGCCUUAGCUCAAAACUCUGAGAGGGAUCUCUUUUGAGAAGGCAGACGGCACCUCCAGGCAGGACCUCUAUGACAGAAUGGCAUUCCAACAGUGCAUCGGAGGAAGCAGGACUCUUAAUCUGGCCAUUUGAAACAGUUCUCAAUAUCAAAAUAGACAGUUGGAAGUUUUACAAUAAACUCUUCUAAAAAAUAGCUUUGAGUUAGUAAGAGGAUAUUCAUUUCCUUAGAUAAUGUGAUAUUUUGCUAAAACUGAUAUCCAUUCACUUGCAAAUUUUUUUAUUGAAAAGGCACAAUUAGCUUAUUUAAUCUUACCUAAAAGAAGCUAACAAAAUUCUAUUCCCAACACUAUCACAUGCACCAUUUACGUCUCAGGAUCCAGGAAAAAGUUGAAAUUCAGAAGUACAGAUACAAAGCCUAGGAAGGAAACGUAACUAAGGUACAAAGAAUGUACCUCCAAAAGGAUUCUGUCUGACCACAUUUAUCACAAGAUCCCCAAAGCUUCCAAAUAUUUACUUAAGUCAAGUGUAUUUAUUUGUUCAAAAGCUAAAACAAGAUCCCCUUGGUAAUGCUUGGAUUAAGUGUUUCAUUCAAAAUGCUUGGAAAUGAUAAGAUGUGUGCUGCCUCUCUCAUAUGGCAAAGGUAAUCAGUUUAUACAGACAAAUUUGCUGUCUACCAGCAAUUACCAAGACGAGAUGGCCCACAGGUGAUUUCUCCAGCUUCAGCCCCGAAUACUGCAGAAGCUGAUAUUACCUCUUGGAUUUUCCAAACUCUCAAGUGCUCUAGCCAAAGCAAACUAAGGAUAGGACAUUUUAGUCUCAGCUUCUUGGCUUCUCUACUGGCCGCACAUGCCCCUGCUAUGGCUCUGCAAUUCUGGAUGUUGAUCAUAACCAGAAACGCUACCCUUUUCAUAGAAAUAUCCACCAACAGGAAAUUAGUGUCUUGAGGAAUCCUUACUGCCAUUGUAGAAGCAUCAACAUUCUUGCCUAGAUUCUCAACAUCAUUAUUUUCUUAUAGGCCAUGUUGUUUGGGGUAGGGGAAGGGAUGGAAACAAACAUGAACCUUUAUCAGUGCCUUGGUCUGACUACUAUAUUUUCACUGGUGUGAGAUGCUUCAGGAGUCGUAGUCACAGAAUACAGCACCCAGAUUAUAUUUAAGACCACUGCCAUUAGGACCAUAGGGCCUUAAGUGACAAGUCAAUCAAACGGUCUAACUUUGGGAUAACCAGCCAAGAGACAGUUGCAUUUAAUUAUAAAUAAUUUCAACCCAUAGUCAUGUUUUUCACUGAGACCAAAUACUAAAACUGCAGGAAGGUAUGUACAUUACUAACUGUUCAAAAUUAAGCAAAACCAAAUACCAAAAGCUUAGUGUGUUACAGUGUGUGGCAAAUAUUCAAGCUCUUAUCAUGUAAUGCCAUGACAUUUCUUAAAAGAGUCAGCAAAUGGAUCAAGUUCAAUUUAAUUCAACCAACCUUAUUGUGUCCUAGGCACUUGGGCUCCAAACAUAAGAACCACUGAGGCUGAGGUUAUAGGAUUAUGAAAAGCAGACUGAGGGUGAAUUGGAAGUGCAUCCUGUAUCAACGAGAGACCUUUUCAAAUAACAUUGAAUAGCAGCAUAUGCUUUUCAAAAGAAUUUUAAGAACUCAGAAAUUAUUAAAAUUAAACAUAUCAAUCUUUGAAAGCAUCUCUUGACUCAAAUAUGUGAUGAUUUGAGACUCUAGGCACGUGUUCAAAGUAAGAUCAAUUUUCUGGAGUUCUUCCUGUCAUACAUUUAAUACAAAUUUAAUAAUAUAUUUAUUCAACUCACUUUGUGUUACCUAUAAGCUUGUAGUAAGUGAGAACUCCAUUAAAAUCUGCACUUGGAAUUGCCCUUAAACUUUACAAAGUUAGGAAAUUAGGAGAGUUAUUUCUUCCUCUGCAUUUUGAUAGAGAUUCAGGUUUGCGUUUCACAGCCAACCCACCUGGAAACUAAUGCUUAGAGCUCAAAUAUCCCCAUGUCCCAGACCCCAAAUCUAGAAAAAAACAGUCCCAUGAUCUCUUCUGAUACGAGAGGUGAGCUCCUUCCUUCUCCCCCAAGUUCCAGAAACUAAGUAAAUCUCUGAUCCAUUCAUGUCCACGAGUUCCUCAUACUCCUGAAGACAACAAAAAACUCUAUGGCAAUAGAUUAAAAUAUUCCUAGAGAGUAUUACUAGGUCUGAGAUAAUGCAAGAGGUUUAUUAUUUACCUGUAAAAAGCAAGUUAAGAGUCAAAUAGAACCAAUAUGAAGUAAGGAAGGUAGAAGAGAGCUUACUCAUUUUUAUCAUUCUACCAUUUGAAUUAUUUGGCACCACACUUUGCUGACACUCAGAGGAAAUGGUUGGCAUUACUGUGCUUUAUACAAAGAGAUUAUCUCUAAAAAGUGCUCGGAUGUUUUGUAGAGCAGAUAGUAAUCUAUUCAAACUUGCAAAGGUUCUAUAUACUAUCAGACUACAACCAGGACCUACCAAAACCACAGUUGAGUGCAAGCAGCCACACUAGAUAGUUUUCCGGCUGUUUCAGGUAAACCUCUGCAAUUGUGGAAACAACACAGAACAGUCCUAUGCUAAUAUAAAAAUUGUCUAAUACUAAUCAUAACAGCCCACAACAUUUCAAUGUAAGCACAGAUAUGUUUAUAUUUUUCAGAUGGUGUUGUCUUCAGUUUUGGUUUUGAAAGAACGGCAAUAUUAAGUAUAUCUCAUGAGAGGGGAAGCUCACAAUUUUUGCAGUAACUGAAUUUACCUCUGAACACCUCAAUGGUUGCACUUCUCAACGAUUUGUUGUCAUUCAAAGCUACUUAUGAAUCAAAUAUAGUUCUCUUCUCAUGCCACAAUCACGUGCAUGAAAUCUAAAUCAGUAUAGUUGAAAUAAAAAGGUUUAUUACUUCACUUCCAACUAAUAACAUCGCAUUCUUAGUGAUAUAUACAUUGCCUAUAAAGAAAAAUGUGUAUUUGUUUUAUGAUUUCAGAAAAGGAGCACAGAGGUUCUUUUGGAAACUGAGGAAAAUUCAUCUCAGUAUUGUAACAUGCCCAGUACUAAGAAGGCUUAGCAGCAAAAAUCUUCCAGGAAAAGAUGAUUUUAACCAUUGCCUACAACCUCCUUCUUCUUACCUUGCAAUUUGAUUUUUGAAAGAACCUAAGUCUUGAUAACAGGCUACCAUAUUUGCUUUCAAGUCUCUUAAAAGAAAUUUCUGUGGCUUUGCUUCAAAUACAUAAAUGUUUUACUUAAUUAGCAUUUACCCACUGAUGUCAUAAAAUGUUCAGUGAAUACGCAGGAUUACAAAGUACCAAAUGAAAAUGAGAAGAGGAGUGGUACAAACUGAGGGAGACACAAGAAGAUAAAGGGAAGAAAUAAAGGAAACAAGUAUUUUCCUCAGAGUCUGGGUAAAACUGAACAUAGUCACGUCUAAGAUGCAGAGAUACUUUUCACAUGCCAUGUCCGGUUAUGGACAUAAUGUCACCACCCCACACUGCUAUGACACCAAAACAACCAAGCCUAGAGACCAGUCGGUGCCUCUUUUGGUCUGCAAGUGACUGGACAGACUUGGCUUCCCCAGAUGUCCCCAGUUCUGAGAUAAGAAGGCCCAGGUACAGUUGUAGACAGGCACAUGGACCCCUCAAAGGAGCUCCCAUCAGAGGUAUACCUGUGGAUCCCACUGGUUUUUGAGUGACAUUUUAGAGCUCUUACUCUCUCAAAAUAAGAAAAUGCAAUUUGCAUGAAGUUCCCAUUAUACAGCAUAGUAUUGAGAUGCAGUAUUAAUUUCUAUCGUUUUCCUAGCAGAAUAGUACAUACGACUUUCUCUUGCUAUGGUCAAGACAACAGGCUUUGAAAUCAGUGGACACUAUAGUCCAAGGAGUCUGACUACCAGAGACUUCCAAAGGAGAAGAGUUCCCGUCUAUAAGCUGAAUUUGGAUGAAAUGCUCAGUCUGGUGUUUCAGAAUGCCUAUUCCUUAUCUGCCGACACUUUGAGGUGUUUCUGUUGGUUGGUUGGUUGGUUACUUGGUUGGUUUGGGGGUUUUUGUGGUUGUUGUUGGCUUAUUUGUUGUUGCUGUUCAAAAUUUUUUACUUUUCCAUGGGAUAUUUGUCAUCACACAGGUGCAUGUUCCUCUGUUUUCUCUCCGGAAUGGAUUUCUCCUUGUAAUGUCCAGUGUAGGAGGUUGUCAUCUCCAGAAUAAAGUGGAAAAUUGAGACAUAUCUUUGUUCAUAGCUUGACAUCAUGAUGGGCCACCUACCUUCCCCAUUUCUCCGAAAAAUAGUCCCCUUCUCUGCAUCAUUUUGACUUUAGAACCAGUCAGAAUCCAAUCUCCAGUGUCCUGACUAGCACAAGAAACCUAUCAGCUGAUUCUUGUUCAGCUCUGCAGGUGGUAAACCUGAUUCCUAUUGCCUGCUCCUGCCUCCUCAGGGGUUCAUUCAGAAAACAGAAAAAUAACAAGGCCCUCCAGUUACUCUCUUUGGCUGUGAGACAAUUUGUUCCCAUCUGCCCCCAGGCUCACCCUGCGCUCUGACACAGGGGGAAGCUGCUACUGAUCAUUGCUGUAUUAACUCAAAACUCAUUAGGUUUAUGGAAAUUCAUGGCCCUUAUUUCUCAAGGGAACAGAGAAAACCAAUAGGCCUCCUACCCAGCCGAGCACUUUCCAUGCAAGCUGCUGCAUCUAUAUAAAUUAGGUCCAAAUCACAUCAGGCUAUUUUCAGGGUUUGUAAACUCAAUAUUGCGAAUAGUAGAACCUGGCAAGUGUUCAGCAAGUAGUCCCCUUGCUGCCUGUGAAUCAAUCACAUAACUUCUCCAUGGAUUGGGGAAAAAUAAGGACAGUAAGAAAAACUUGCGUUUACAGGAACAACUGCCCAAUGAUUUUUGUUUGUUUGUUUUAAUAAACUUUGACCAUUUACUAGGGAGAGAGUGGGGGUGGAGUCAAUCCUGAUUACGUGAUUCUUUUUUCACUUUUAUUAUUAAAUCCUUCCUUCUUUAAGAAUGAACGAAAUCUUAUCAUAACCAAAUUGUACAAUACAAUUCCUAAUAAUGGUUCUGAUCCAUUUAUUUUUAAGUAAUGUUCACUACAAUAAAAUUCCAGUGAAAUCUAAGAAUUGGGACAGUCCACUGAAGUUACUUGCACCAGGAGGUAGCUUGGCUGGUAUGUAUGGAUAUGCACAUAAAAAUAUGAGGAUCUCUUUUAAAGUAUCAUUUUCUCAUAACAAGUCUGAAGCUUCCAGUAGGAAAUUGGGAGAUCAAUUUGAUUAGUUCUCUUAUUGAUCCUGAAGCAAUCAUGUUGAGUGUUCUCUGACUGGCUGGUUUCUCACUUAGAGACAGCUGGCAACUGAGCAACUAAGGACACCAUGAGGAAAAAGGCUGCCUUGUACUUCAUGCAGAGCUCAGGGAGAUGAGAGGGGAAUCAGUAAAUGGUGACUGCCUGGUAACAGCCCUGCUAUUUCUGACAUAAAUUUAAAACUACGAGUGCUUCCUCUAACUCUGUUUUUGCAUAGUGCACAGAUAUCUUUGUAAAUAAUAGGAAAUUAAUAUUAGGUUGUAUCUAUAAACAAAGUCAAUUCGACUCCAUUAUUUUAAAGAGAAUAGUUUUGACCUACAUCUGUAUUUUACAAUAUUUUGAAGUCUAAGAAGCUCACAUCAACAUUACAUAAUAUAGGAGACUCUCACAUACAAAAUAAUUUGUAUUUAUACAAGUAUAAUUUGAGAAAAUCCAUAAUGGAAAAUCUAAAAUGUCAAUAAUACUUUUAGGUGUGUAUUUUAUUUCUCAUAAGAACAUAUAUAUUCAUUUGAAAAAUGGUUCUGUACAUAGUCUCAAACAUAUUUAUUUAGUUCAUGGCCUGAUAAACACGUGACUUCCCAAAGUACUGAAAGUAGCUGUAUAGCCUCUCAAGGAUCUGGGGACCCUGUGAUUCUUAAAAUGACCAGUUUGGCUGAAGUUUCUGUUAUCAAUCAGGUGCUUUGUCUUAUAUAGUAUACUUUAAAAUAGCUACCACCAACACACACACACACACACACACACCCCAUAGCAAAAUGGAACCAUGGAAAUUACAUGGUAAUUGUAAUCAAAAUAGAAAGCAACCUAUAAAAUAAAAUUUCUCAAGAAUUUAGCUCCUCAUUUGAAAGUCUAGAAUCAAUAAAUUACUUGCAAACUUUUUUAUAUUUAUACUCUGGAAAUAAACUUAAAGUGAAAAUUAGAAACUGCUUCCAACUAUACAUUCUCUGGUUAAAUCUUAAUUUGAACUUCAAAUUAUAGUAUUGUCUCCAACCAAACCAUCAGUUUCACUGAGAAGUUGGAAUGGUCAUAAAUCCUGAAUCUGUAAAAUUCAGUGCUACAAUCUACGAUUUAAUACUCCCACCAUAAAAAUUUCUGCUAUGAAUAUCAGAACAUAAAUUCCCAUUAAUGAAAGUUAAAUUAGAAACAUUAGCAUAUAUAUUCCCAGUAUAUGGGAUUCCCACUAUAUUGGAAUAUAUAUCAAUAAAAAUGGAAUAUAUAAAGGAAAUGUAUAUACUGAUAUAAGCUUACUUAUAUAUUUAUAUUGAUAUAUAAAUUCCCAUUAAUUUAAUGGGAAUUAAAGAAGAAAUGCCAGUUUGCACUAAUUCAUUCUUCCCUUGGCAAUACAUUUUUUGAACUUUUCAUCUACUUAAUAAUUCAGGAAACUUAAAAUGACAAGUGAUUUUGUUGUUUGCAUUUUGUUCUGGUAAAUGAAAAAAGAAACCAUUUUGCAAGUGGGCUUUUAAAAAAAGGAAAUUGAAAAAUCUGCUCUAUCAAAUGUAGCAAGUAGGUAAGUUUUUUAAAAAAGUGUGAAUCUAAACAUCAGGUUCUCUGUCACUUGUCAUAAAUUUUUUGUAACAUUAAUGACACAUUUUCGCUUUUCAAAGAUAAUUUCCAUUAGAAAGGAGAAGCUAUGCUCCAUGUUUUUAAUUACAUUUGAAAUUCACUAAAAACACUUAGUCUAAAAAAAUGCCCAUAAUGUUUCUGUGGGAAAAAUCAAAAUAUUAUAAAGAAUAUGUUUCAUUAAAUGAGAUUCUCUGUGGUUGACUUAGUUCAAAUAUUUUUAAACAGAUUCUUGCCCCAAAACUACUUUUCUCCCCAGCAACAGAAAUGGCAGCAGAAUUGCUACUUGUUUUUUCUGUAUCUUGAAGUCACACUUCACAUAAGCAAUCAGCUCCCUACGCGUUGCUCUCAUUCUAGUGGUUCCGAUUCAGGGGUCUAGAAAAAGAGCUGAGCUCAUCAUUUUCUUGAAAGUGUUGGAGUUGAAAGGAAAGAAACAAAUCUGCUGCUCUGUCUAAGGCUUCAGCUACCAUGCAGCAGGCAAGCAUCUAAAGAGCACGUAGAAAUACCAACCGGUAUCAUAAAAAGAAAGUCUAGAAUAGUUUAUGUUUUACAGAUUUUUGUAUCCAAGUAAAUGAAAACAUAACUACCAUCUUUUGAAAUAUACUGGGAAUUUUUAAGACCGUCCCUCAUACCUUCCUUUACCACAAUAAGUCAAAAAUAUUUGCCUGAUAUCUGCAUUUCACCUAUGUGCCCCCGGAAGGGAAAUAGAAACAAAUGAAUAUUUUGUUGGUUAUGGUAAUUCACAAAGAGGAACGUUUAAAAAUAUACAACAUCCUUUUCACUUUGAUGAUCUGAUUAUUUUUCUUUAGUUUUUUGGUUCUAAUUAGUGUAUUAUUGCCAUCAUACUGUCUUUUUCUCUUUUGAAAAAUAAAUAUUUUCACUUGCAGUAAAGACUAAGCUAUCAUUUCAUACUUUAUGCACAUUUCCAGGUAAGACAGGAUGUUCAGCCGUGGCUUUCAAAAGAAUGAGCUGCCGAAUCACUAUGGCCUCGUGCAGAUCAAAAUGUUGACUCAUACAUGCAACAGUGGAGCGUAUCACUAAAUUAUUUUUACGUUAUUCUUAUUUGACUGUUUAAGGUAGUUGUAUGUAAAAAUAUAAACUUUUGCAUUGUAUUAUUCUUGUGUCAGAAUAUAUAAACAUUUUGGGCUAUAUUGUGAUUUUCUUGCAUGUAAUGUACAAUGAUAUAUAUGACUAAUAAAGAAAACCUGAAGUGAUACAAAUGUAGAUUUUGCUCUUCUCUUUCUCAUUCACACAUGAUAACCGAUCUGUUUAAAAAGAAUAUUCUUCAAGUAAAUUUUGCAAUGUAGAUAAGAAGGCUAAGAAUCAGUACUAAAUUCAACACUUUGAAGUACUGAGUAAGUACUUCAAAAUGAAUGAAAAAAGUGGGUUUUUUCUCUUCAUGACUUAUUUCUAUUUUUAGAACCAAAGUGA